AUGGAAACGUUCGUGCUCAUCCCCAAGGAGCUUAGUCUUGUGCUCUGUGAAAAAGAGUCUGGGACGUCUUCCGCGAUGCUUCCGCAGCACCAGGCCUCUUCGGAAAACGUCAGGAAGGAAGCCAGCGCCGCCGUUUGGAGCAACAGUCGCAUCUCGCGCGGCACGCGGUUCCUGCCCUUCCAGGGGACGGUGCGCUUGGACAAGCUCGACGUGUUCGGCACGCUCGACCGAAACGAUAUUCGACACCGAUUUGGCUGCUACGACGAGAUUCAGCACGGCAAGACGAAGCAGGUGCGACACUGCAACUGGGUUCGUUUCGUUCGCCACUCGCCCGAGUUCAGCGCCGAGGUGAACCUGCUCGGCUCGCUGGUCAAAGGAGAGCCCGUCUACGAAGCCAUCCGUACCGUCGCCUCCAACACCGAGCUUGUGGUCUUCUACGAAGAUCCCGACGAAGACGUUGGCGACCACGCACCCCUCACCCUCGUCGUAGCCAGGGAUCUCUCAUUGGCGCAGUACCGCAGUGCCAUGGGCAUGAUCCUCGAAGACACUCCUCUGGACCUGUCCCAGUCAUUGCUGGUGUCAACGUCGUCCCCGUCAUCGCCCCUGACACCGCAGCUGCCCCGCGUGCUCAUGACACCUCCGUCGGAACCGGAGGAGAGGCGAUCAGUUUCCAGUGAAGGCGCGACAACAGAAGAUACGGUCACAAUCGAAGCCCCACGACACAUGAUGGUAAAAAAAGGACGGGAAAGGACUCUUCUUCCCUGCGAAGUUUGCGGAAAGGCGUUCGACAGACCAUCUCUUCUACGGAGGCACAUGCGGACGCACACUGGUGAAAAGCCGCACGUCUGUGACGUCUGCGGAAAAGGAUUUAGUACAUCGAGUUCGCUGAACACCCAUCGACGCAUUCAUUCGGGAGAGAAACCUCACCAGUGUCACGUCUGCGGCAAGCGUUUCACGGCAUCGUCAAACCUCUACUAUCACCGAAUGACGCACUCAAAGGAGAAGCCUCACAAGUGCACACUCUGCUCCAAAUCCUUCCCAACACCCGGUGACCUCAAGAGCCACAUGUACGUACACAGUGGGUCUUGGCCCUUUAAGUGCCACAUCUGCAACAGAGGCUUCAGCAAGCAGACCAACCUCAAGAACCAUCUCUUCCUUCACACGGGAGACAAGCCCCAUAUCUGCGAGUUCUGCCAGAAGAGGUUCGCCUUGGCCUGCAAUCUGAGAGCGCAUUUGAAAACCCACGAAGGAGAGCACCAAGAGAAGUGCGCGGGUUGCGGCAAGUCGUACUCGAUCACGGGUCGGCUGCUGAUGCGGGGCUACUGUCCCACGUGCAUGGGCACCGUGGCCGCCAACGGACUGCCCAUCUCCUCCAAGACGGGCAACUACGAAGCCGAGCCGCCGAAGUCCCCACUGGACUCGAACGAGGACAGCAAGAGCAGCUCGCGGUCUAACCCGGACAUGGGUGUGACCACUCCGCCUCCACCUCCGCGGUUGCUCUUCGGCGUUCUGGACCAGAUGAUGCUGCGAUACCGACAGUCCGCCCAGGCCUUUCUGCCUCCGUCCCUGUCGGCCAUGCAGUUCCUCGAAGGCGCCUCCAUGCUCACUCCCUGA